CGAUAAUGGCGUCCCUGUUCGCGGCCGCCGGCACCCCACCUCCACGGCUUCGCCCCGGCCUCUGUGCCGCAGGCGCCACGCCGGCGGCUGCCGGGCUGCGGGCACCCGGGGCGGCCCGGGGGAGGGACCGGCUCUGGCCGCCCGCGUCCGGCGGACCCUCGGGCCGCGCCGAAGCCCCGCCCGGCGGGAACGCGCCCGCCGCCUCCAUUUUGCCUGUUCGGUGGGGACGUGAGGAGACGUGGGGGGACGGUCUCCGGCUCGCGGGCGCCCCCUCCGCGCCUGCAGCCUCGGAAACGCGCGCCAGUUGGGGGGCUGGUCGGAGCACCCGCGCUCGGCCGCGUGAGGAGGGCCGGAGAGCAGCCCGGAGGCGGCGGCUGGGCUGCGGGCGCGCCGGCGGAGCCCUGGCCAUCCAAGUUGAGCGGCGACCCUGGACGUUGUGCCAGUGCCAACCCGAGCCUCGGGCCCCUUCCUCGGUCGCUCAAAAGUAACACUCUGUGUAUGUGUGCUCACUGGCACAUUCGUGUAAAAAACCGGUCAAACCGUCGAGAGAUAGCCGUAGCAGAAUAUCACAAAAAAAUCAAGGAGGCUUUUGAAGUGUUUGACCAUGAGGCGAAUAAUACAGUGGAUGUGAGAGAGAUCGGAACAAUUGUCAGGUCGCUAGGGUGCUGCCCCAGUGAAGGACAGCUGCAUGACCUGCUCGCAGAGGUAGAGGAAGAAGAACCCACUGGAUACAUUCGAUUUGAAAAAUUUCUUCCAGUGAUGACCAAAGUACUACUGGAGAGAAGAUACAGACCAAGUCCAGAAGAUACCCUUCUUCGAGCGUUUGAGGUGUUAGAUCCAUCUAAACGUGGAUUUCUGACUAAGGAAGAACUGAUCAAGUAUAUGACUGAAGAAGGUGAGCCUUUUUCUCAGGAAGAAAUGGAAGAAAUGCUGUCUGCUGCCAUUGACCCAGAAUCGAACUCCAUUCAUUACAAGGACUACAUAGCCAUGAUGGUGGUGGACGACAGCUAGAUGCUGGAGACGUAAUUUCUCACCGAAAGGAUGACCGUAGAGAUGGCCUGUCCCUGUUAAUUUCACAUCUUAUAAUUCCUGCACAUGCUAAUUAAUGCCCAGUGACAACUAUUUCACAAUACUUUGUUUUUUAAAGAUGAACACAAAUUUAUUUGGUAUGUCUGCCUUAUGUAAUGACCAAUGGCUAAUUAUUUUAAAGCUUAUUCUUAAAAACAUUUUAACAUUA